AUGAAAAACAUACUUGCUUCCCAAUACGCUAGUAUUUUAGGUACACGUAUUGUUCUAGUACCCGGACAUGAAGACAAUCAUGAUUUGAAGAUUAUUUUAGAGAAAGAUGUGGAUCCAAAAACUUUUGUAAAAAGAUGCUGGCGUCAUAAACUACCAAUCAUUGUGAAAAAUCGAAGUCUCUAUUGCUCAAAAGAAUUUCCUUUUGAUAAAAAGAAAUCUUUUCUAGACGCUUUGCAGGAAAAGUAUGGAAGUCCCUCACCAUUAUUGUCGUCACUAGAUUUGGACAAUGGGAAGCAGAUUGAAUUUUGCGGCUUCCAAGACAUAAAACGUCUGCAAGCAGACUUUCAAAGACUGAAAAUAGUUAUUUUAGAAAACUCGCAAAUAUCUUCGGUUGAUGAUGGUGUUCAAAUUGGGUCCAUUUUACCAGAGAUACAGAAACUUGAUCUAUCUAGUAAUUUAUUCAGUUCUAUGAACGAUGUUUUACUACUGUGCAGUCAGCUUUCGAAACUAAGUGAAUUGAUUUUGGAUAAGAAUAAAUAUUUAUCUUUGAGUGAUUUAACUCAUACUUUCACCAUUCGCCAAGUAUCGCGUCUAUUUUUAAGGGAUUGUAACAUUGAGUCGAAAGAACUUAGUCGGAUACAAAACAUAUUCCCCUUUCUUAAGGAAUUUCACCUGGAUUACAAUGAGAUUAAACUAAAGCAAAGCACUUGUUUUAAAUCUAUUGAAGUCAUUAGUCUGUCAAAUAACAAUGAGUUAUUGGCAGCUGAUCUUUCGUAUUCUUCCGUGUUUGAAAGAACAAAAUGGCUGAACAUUUCUUUCUGCAAUAUUUCUGACUUAAAAGUUUUACCCUUAGAGAAGAUGCAAGACUUAUCUUUUCUUGAUAUUUCGGGAAACGACAUUAGCUCAUGGGAUCAAAUAAACCUUUUACAGAAAUUGAAGAAUCUAAGAGAGCUUCGCGUUUCUCUAUCAAAGCUUCAUGAUAAGACUGAUGAGAGUAGGAUGUUUGUAAUUGCUCGUCUUCCCACUCUAAUGAAACUUAAUGAUGUUUUUAUAAGCAAAAAUGAACGUGAGGAUUCUGAAAUUUAUUUUUCAUCUUUUAUACGUAAAUACAUUUCACAAAAGGAGAUUUCUUCUGCUGGCGUAUUGGAUAAAUUAGAGCCUGUUUGGCGACACAUCUGGAAAAGACAUGGAUUGUCAGAGCCUGAAUUUUAUCAACACAGAACAAUCGAAAAAAAACCAGGGAUAAUCAAAGACAAUAUAACGCAGCCUGUCCGCGUGACAUAUAAUGAAGGACGAGAGUCUCUUUACUUUCAGUUCCAUCAAAAUUGGACGGUUUUAUCGGUUAAAGCACUGAUCGCGUCUCAGUUAAAUUUGCGUGUUCACGAAACCGAAUAUCGGUUUAAGGGCCAACAAAAUGAACAGUUUCAGGCAAGCGACUAUAGUCACGACGAAAAGCAGCUAUUUGAAUUACUGUUCACAAUUACGGAAGUCGAGGUAAAAGAGUCUAAAAAGACUGUCUCAGCAACUAAUGAAUGA